GUGUAACAUGUAUUGUGCAAGCUCACCAUAAGCAUAUACAAGUCUAGAUAUACAAUCAAGGAUUCACCUACACAAAACACCGCGCUCACUCACCGUCCGCUCUUUGAGCGCCUGCUGAGUUUGAAAACUACCACGUCAAGGUUCCAAACUACAUAGAGUAGCUGUCUAGAACGAGCUACGCAGGCGCGGGUUGGUGACGAAUCGCAGGUGCAUCCACCUGAGAGGUGGCAUCGGCCUCGCGUGCGUCUGAAGGGCCCGCUUGCGCACAGGACACGGAAAAGUCCAGCAGCGGGACACGUGGCUCGGCGCCUCGUCAGGUCGACCGCUCGGCGCCUCGUCAGGUCGACCGCAGCAGCUCGCCUGCACACAGCCGACAUCACGGCAGCCGUCUCGGCAGUAGCACACAACAACACACGGCAGUAGCAUCCAGCCAGCCGGCGGCGGCUCUCCACUACCACCGCUACAGCCACUUUACCAGCGCUAGCAGCCACCGGCGCAGCUCAGGGGGCUUUCCCCUCUCGACCCUCCCUGCAGAACCGAAUCCACAAACUGGAUCUCACCGGCACGAUGGGUGGCGCAUCUGGAUUCAGCAGCGGCCAGGAGCACCUGCCGGUCGUGGAUCUGGAUCUGGUGGAGCACGCCGAUUCCGAGUACCGGUCCAUAUUCCAGACGGGGUCGGCGGAGGAGGUGGAGGCAGCCAGGUUCAGGCUGAUCUGGGCGCUGGUGCACAGCAGCCAGCACCGCCACCAGACCCGGGGUCUGGAGCUGUGCCGCGCCUCACUGGCCGCCGGACUGCAGCCGCCCGCAGACCGCGAGCACCGCUACCUGGCGGCAGUGGCCUGCUACAAGCUGGGGCAGUACAUUGAGGCGCGGCGGGAGCUGGCGCGACUGCUGCAGGAGCAGCCCGGCUUCCGCCAGGCCGAGUUCCUGCGGGGGCUGACGGAGGACGCCAUCGUGCGCGAGGGGCUGGUGGGGGUGGGCAUCGUGGCGGGCGUGGCGGGCGUGGCGCUGGCGCUGCUGUUUGGGGCGGCCAGGAAAUAAGCAGGGGGGGAGGGGGAGGGGAUAGAUCGGGUCGAUGGGAGCUGGGGUGGGCGUGUUGGGCGGGCGUGUGGGGUGGGCGUGUGGGGUGGGGUCACGGAGGGUGGGGUUUGGGGCGGGUGGCCGCGUGGCUGGCUGUUGGCGAGUUUUGUUAUUGUAUGGUGUGUAGGGGGUGGUAGUGGAAGUUGGGGGCUAUUGCGGCAUGGGAGCGCGUAGCUGAUAGUUGGAAGGAUGGGUGAAUGCGAAGGCAUAUGCGCACGAGGCCAGAGGUGGGAGAGCCUGUCAGGCAGUGCAGGAAGGGGGGCAGCGCAGGAGGGCAAUGCAGAGGAGGCGGGCUUGGGUGGGUCAAGGAAGGCCAGGAGGACAGACCGAGCAGCAGCACGGCGCAAGGAGCCAGCAAGGCGCUCGCGGUUUGCGCCAGUUCACUUUGCAUGGUCGUUGAAGAAGAGUGGGAGGGACAUGCGGAAGAUGCAUGUUUGGCUGCUGAUUGAGACCAAAUGGCGGCUGGGUGAGGUAGUCGAGUGGUAGCAUGCGCGACAUGGAGAGGGGAAUACGGGCGGACCGGGCGCACACGCGAUGGUGCGACAGGAUGUCCCAGGACAUGGAACAUGCCUAAAAGCCCGUCUCAAAGCAGCACACAUGUAGCACACAUUUUAGUGCUAUUUGGUUGC